AUGGAGGGGUACGAGAGGCUUUGGGCUGAGAAGGCUCGAUCCAGAUGGAGAUUACAGGGUGAUAGAAGUUCCAAAUUUUUUCAUAUAUCAGCAAAAAUUAGGAGAAUGAAAAAUACAAUCACAAGCUUGAAGGAUGGUGCUGGUCAGGUAAUUUCUGAGAAGCCUCAAUUGGAGAUUUAUAUCAGAAAUUAUUAUGAGAAUUUUUUAAAGAUUUUCCAUAUUGUGGAUCAUCUGGACAUGUUGGAUUGCAUCCCUCAAGUCUUGGAAGAUGUGGAUAGAUGGAGGUUGGAUAGGAUGCCUUCCAAUGAUGAAAUCAAAGGGGCAAUCUGGGAGCUUAAUCCUGAGGGUUCUCCAGGUCCGGAUGGCUUCCCAUGUAUGUUUUAUAGAGUAUACUCAGAAAUUAUUUAUGGUGAUGUCUAUAAUGCUGUUAGAGGUUUUUUCAGUAGGGGAAUUAUUCCUUAUGGGAUUAACGGGGGCUUUCAAAAAGGCAAAAUCAUUCACUCUAAUAUUGCCUUGGCGUCAAAGCUAUCAAAUUUGCUGUUUUCUACUUCCAGAGGGGGUGGAAUGGGGUUGAAGAUUGACAUCCAGAAAGCUUAUGACACAAUCUCUUGGGAUUUUAUGUUCCAAAUGCUGAGGAAGUUUGGAUUUUCUGAGAACUGGAUAUCCUGGGUUCAUCAGUUGUUGGUCUCUGCAAAAGUGUCAGUUCUCCUUAACGGUGGCCUGAUUAGGUACUUUGGAGUAGAGAGAGGGUUGAGACAAGGGGAUCCCCUAUCCCCAUUGUUGUUCAUCCUUAUAGAGGAGGUGUUAUGUAGAGGUCUUCAUUUGCUUGUGGGUGAGAAGAUGAUUCAACUGCUCAAAGGCCCUCGUGGGAUGAUCACUCCUGCUCAUAGUCUUUUUGCAGAUGAUAUAUUCAUCUUUGCAAAUGAGAGCUUCCUUAGUAAGUAUUAG